ACAACAAGAUAAUUCCUUUUUUCUUCUCUUGGAGGCCUUUCUGUUUAAAGACGUUUUAGCUGGAAGAUGCUAAUUAUCAAAGAGGAGAAAGUGACACCUGAAGAGUUCAUUUUCCAUCUUCGUCUUUGGUUUUUCCUUUGAACUCUCUUUACACGGCCCUCUUCCCCACUUUGUCACUUCUCCCCCACCAUCAUAAAAGACAGCUCUUCCUUGGCCAGGCGGCAGAACUUUCUCACUUACCAGGGAGCCAUUCCCUCUGCAGCUGUCUCGCAGGCAUGGACAACCUGCGCGAGACCUUUCUCAGCCUCGAGGAUGGCUUGGGCUCCUCUGACAGCCCUGGCCUGCUGUCUUCCUGGGACUGGAAGGACAGGGCAGGGCCCUUUGAGCUGAACCAGGCCUCCCCUUCUCAGAGCCUUUCCCCGGCUCCAUCGCUGGAGUCCUAUUCUUCUUCUCCCUGUCCAGCUGUGGCUGCGCUGCCCUUUGAGCAUGGCGGGGCCAGCAGUGGGGGCAGCGAUGGUUGCAGUGUCGGUGGGGCCAGCGGCUUGGUAGAGGUGGACUACAAUAUGUUAGCUUUCCAGCCCACCUACCUCCAGGGUGGUGGUGGCCCCAAGGCCCAGAAGGGCACCAAAGUCAGGAUGUCUGUCCAGCGGAGGCGGAAAGCCAGCGAGAGGGAGAAGCUCAGGAUGAGGACACUGGCAGAUGCACUACAUACCCUCCGGAAUUACCUGCCACCUAUCUACAGCCAGAGAGGCCAGCCGCUCACCAAGAUCCAGACACUCAAGUACACUAUCAAGUACAUCGGGGAACUCACAGACCUCCUCAAUCGCGGCAGAGAGCCCAGAGCCCAGAGCGCGUGAGCUCUGUCCGGGGAAGCUGACCAGUUCCAGCCUCCCGGGCAGGAGUAGAGGAGCUUCGAAGACCUGGACGUCUUACUGAACAAUGAUUGGCAUAGAGUGAUUUUUAUGUAGUGAGCGUGGUAAUCUUGUGAUCUGAAAAACCCUAAGGGAAUUCACAUCUGACCUGCUGGACCCACCAGGACGCUUACCUGACAGAUGAGCAGAGACUUUCGCCUCCAUUUUUUUCCACCAUCUCUGGGAGGCUCAUCCUUUGCAAAGAGACAUAUUAUUUUGCUCUUCUCUGUCUUUCAAGGUAUUUGAGAGGGUCAGUGAUUUUAAAUGCAUUUUUUCAAUGAUGUAAAAGUGUUGCAGUUAACCUCCUGCCAUUUCGGUGUUGAGAACUUUUCUUCUGUUGAUAACUAAACUUGUAUUUUGUAUAGGAUCCAGUGUGAUACCUGGAUUCUUAUUUAGAAAGAUUUGUGCCAGGUAAAGGGCUUUAGUGCUCCUGUUUCAUGUUGUGUGUGUAUGUGUGUGUGUGUUUGACUGAAAUCAUGCUCUUUUAGAAUCAAAAUCACUUAAAUGCAGAAGGCACUGGUGUCAUGAUAAAUGGAAAGUCAUAGGCAGAUAGACUAAGUUAAGACAGUGAACAUCCCAAAGGCCAGAGCCUCCUCUGCAUAGGCAGACAGCUUGUGUGACAGAGAAGGAGGGUAUGGGAAGGAGGAGGAGGAGGAGACAGCACCUCAGGGUGGGCCUGAAGCAGGUUGGGUGGGCAGGGGCUCCCUGUCCUUUGUCCUGGGCCGGGUAUGAAUAGGAACUUAUUUAGCCGUUUCACUUACUUGUUUGUCAAAUAAAGAGAUGGUCUCAAAAAAAAAAAAAAAAAAAAAAAAAAAAAAGCUAUUUGAAUCCAUAGAGAAUAAGUAAAAGGGUCGGUAUUUAACUCAACAGUCUCUGACCCCUCUAAAGCCAUUUACUUCUUCAUCUUCCCCUCCUUUCCAUCUGCCUCCCCCCAGCCCCAGAUACCCCACAUGCACCCAUCACACACACACACACACACACACACACACUCUUCACAGUGCCUUGCCUUAGGGUGGGUAUCUCUAGCACCCUCAGUUUAGCUCAUUUGAAUGGCACAGGACAUUGA